AUGCUCCUUGACGGCCUGCACGAAGGCUGCCAGGGCCACUCGGUCUUCAAGCACACCAUUCCUGGUGGCCUGGACUCGGCGCUGCUGUUCACGACCGACACCCACGACAUGUCCGACACGGUGACCAAGUUCCUCGCCAACGUAACUGCUCCGUACAACGAUGGCGCGCCUGCUCCGCGCAUUUCCUUCUUCUCGGUGACCAGCACAGAGGACAACAAUCAAACCCCGCUGACCCUGAUGUGCAAUGCAGGCCAGUGCCCCAUCGGCGGCCACACGGUCAACCAUGUGCUCAACUUUAACGCCCUUCCUGCCGGCUCCAAUCGCGAGUCCCUCGCUGGCGGCUACACUGGACUGACCGGCAACAACAAUGCAACGAUGGCUGGUGAGCUCCGUGUGAAUGCUGAAAUUAUCAAGCGCGCGACUGGCUCUGACGUGCGUCUGCUGCGCGCGCCCUGGCUCAUGCUCAACACUGGCAUGGUCCCGCAGAUGGUGAACAUGAGCAUGGUUGCUUCGUCGUCCCUGGCUAUUGGCGAUCUGAAGUCGAAUCUGCCCGUCGACUUGGAGCUCUACCCGUACCUGGCUUGGUGGAGCCAAAACCACCGUCUUCUCGAGUUCCCUCUCUCUUCGGAAGACGGCUGUGUGGUCGACAACGUGCGUUACGACGUCCAGGCUGCAAACACCCUGUGGUUCCGCACACGUUGGUCGUACAACAUGCUCCAGAACAAGCGCAACAAUGCCUACACUGUGCUGCUCGACCACGAUGGCUGGGGCGAUGGCCCGCGCAACGAAGACAUCCUGGCCAGCAAGCGUGCCAUUGGUCGUUUCAUCUUUUCCUUUGCGGCGCAGCACAACAUUCGCCGCAACAUUGGCCUUGAGGCUGUCAGUGACUGGUGGCGUGCUCGCCAAGCCAUCGAUGUGACGUCCACCUUCAUCGCGACUGUUGGCACCCCGCGCUACGAAGGCCGUAUUCUCAGUGCGGCGGCGGUGAUUACGCUCGACCUGGCGCUCGAGUUUGGCGACACUAUUUCGAGCUUUACUUGUGCCAAGUGCGGAGCAUUCACCAUCCUGGGCAACCGCGUCAUCAUUGCCAGUCUCGCGGCUUUCAUCCAGGCUGACUUUAUUGCCACUUGCCAUGUCGGCUCGGCCCCUUCCGCCUCCGUCUCCGCCCCUGCCUCUGCCUCUGCCACUGCCUCUGCCUCUGCUACAACCGCACCUUGCACGACCACGACCAUUCCCCCGCUGGUGGUCAACAGCUUUACCAACGAGUGUGUCUCGCCGAACGAUCUUGGCUUUGUGGCCGGCGACGAUGGCACUGCAGAAUCCAUUUCUGUGGCUGGCGGUGUCCUGACCUUGACCGCGGCUACAUCCCGCCCGUCCAACACGUACUUUUACACGCUGCUGACCAACACGAGCGCGGGCGUGGCGGACUGCUUUGAUGCAUCCCAGUACUCUGCCAUCAGCUUCCGUGUGAAGGCGCCCCGCGGCACGAGCAUUGCCCUCGGAGUGCAAGUCCGCGACGAUGCUUGCGUUGCCCGCCAAGCAGAUCUCGAUGCCUACAUCUCCAUUGAUCCCUUCGUCAAUGCUGACGCGCUGCCCGGCGGCACGAUUGUCAACAUUCCCCUGUCGGCCUUCUCCUGCGUGAUUGACGUGCGCAAGCUCCAUGCCAUUUCGUUCCUGUUGCCCCCGUCGUGCGUGACUGUGGAGCUGGACAGCAUCAUGUUCGUGUCCUGGCCUGCACCUUGCUCGCAAUCCGCUCUCGUGGCGUCUCCGUCUGCAACUGCCACCGCUGCCCGCGCGACGUCCGCUUCCAGCACUGCCGUUGCCACCCCUGCUCACCCGCCUCGCCCGAAGCCGUACCCGCUCAUUCUGUUCCAGCUUGGUCUGUCGGCCUCCUUCUUCAAAAACUCUGCUGGUUAUGACUGCUCGGACGACGACACGAUGCAAACGGCGGCCGUCUACAUCAACCUGUUCCUCUUCCCGAAGAACGCGCACAGCCAUUACUACUCUGCAGUGGCCCCGGCUGGCCAGUGUGGCAACCUCAGCAAGUACAAGUUUGUCGAGAUUGAGCUCAAGGCCAGUCCGUUCGCCCUGAUCUCCAUCGAGGCGCACUCUGUCUCCGCCUGCCUCUCGGCCAACGUGAACUUGGCCACCGGCUUCACAAAGAGCGUUGCCGUGUCCCUGAACGCGUAUGCCUCCUUCAAGCUGUUUGGAACCACCAAGGUGGUCAUUCCGCUGAGCGCCUUUGGCCCUUCGACCAACUGGGACCAAGUUUUCCGCCUUUCUCUCACCGGCAUGAGUCAGUUCCUGACGACCAUCACGGACUGGCGCCUGGUUGCCUAA